GUAAUUCGCAUUUUCUGAUUUAUAAUUGUCUGUUUGUUUAUGGUUUAGUACAUAUCAGAACAUGAUGAUAGUUUGUAAACACGGCGGGAAUGAAGGGAAAAGCGCCACAGCGACACGGGCAGAACUGCGGCGGGUCAGCGAUCGGCAGCACAGGACGUCCCCGUUGCUGACAUUUUCUAUCCCGACACAGCGCACCGAAACCGUGAAUUCGAUCGUAGAGAUGCCAGGGAUGAUGGACAAAGGAUCGGAAUAUUUGGGGAAAGGCCGCACAAACGGGACCAAGAGUCCGUCCAACGCCUCUAACGGACAUUUUUCCGACGAGAGCGGCAGCGACGACGAACACGAUGUGGGGAUGCGGGUCGGGGCUGACUACCAGGCGACCAUCCCCGAGUAUGAGCCAGGUUCCACCAAGUACACAGACAAAGACAGCGGAGGGAUGCUGGUCUGGUCCCCAUAUCACACUAUUGUCGACUCUAAAUUGGAUGAAUACAUCGCCAUCGCCAAGGAGAAACACGGCUACAACGUGGAGCAGGUCGCUCAAUCCGGUUCAACUCUGCUACCAGAUGUUUCCAAAAUACAGAAGCCGGCUCGCUCUCGGCAUGCUGUUCUGGCACAAACACAACAUCGAGAAGUCUCUGGCCGACCUGCCCAACUUCACCCCUUUCCCUGACGAGUGGACAGUGGAGGACAAGGUGCUGUUCGAACAGGCCUUCAGCUUCCACGGCAAGAGCUUCCACCGCAUCCAGCAGAUGCUACCAGAUAAAUCCAUCUCCAGUCUGGUGAAGUAUUACUACUCCUGGAAGAAGACUCGCUCCAGAACAAGUCUGAUGGACCGACAGGCCCGCAAAAUGGCCAGCAGGAGCAACCAGGACGACAGUGAUGAGGAGAUGGAGGAGGCCACGCCCAUUGAAGCAAACGACAGUGACUAUGAUCCCAACAAGGAGGCCAAGAAGGAGAACCAAGUGGAACCGCCCCCUCCAGGCUCCAAAGUGGCUUUGGGUCGUCGAGAGCACCAGACUCUGCAACAUCGACACCACCAACGCUCCCGCUGCCGUCCCCCAAAAGGCAUGUACCUCACCCAGGAGGACGUGGUGGCCGUGUCCUGCAGCUCCUCCUCCGCCAACACGCUCCUCCGCCAGCUGGACAUGGAGCUGGUGUCCCUCAAGAGACAGGUCCAGAAUGCCAAACAGAUGAACAGUGGACUGAAACACGUGUUGGAGUCAGGAAUCGAUGAGCUCAGACUGUCAGAGGGUAAUCAGAAGGUGAACGCACGCUGGACCACAGACGAGCAGCUCCUGGCUGUUCAAGGGGUCCGAAAGUACGGCAAAGACUUUCAGGCCAUCGCCGACGUCAUCGGCAACAAGACGGUGGGACAGGUGAAGAACUUCUUCGUGAACUACCGGCGGCGCUUCAACCUGGAGGAGGUGCUGCAGGAGUGGGAGGCGGAGCAGGGCACCCAAGCUCCAAACGGCGACAGCAUCACGUCUGGAGAAGACGGCAAAACCAGCUCCACCACUGCGUCGGGAAAAAGCACCGACGAGGAGGACGAAGAGGGCCAGGUCACCUCCUCAGGUGCGUCUCCUGCUGCCUCCUCUUCCUCAGCUCAGACUCCUGUCGCCUCCAACGCCUUAUCUUCCUCCCUCCACCAGCCCCCUCCGCUCCUGAGGCCCUCCCUGCCGGCGACACCUUCCCUACACCGCCAGCCCCCUCCCCUGCAACAGCAGGCCCGCUUUUUACAGCCCCGCCCCACACUGCAACAGCCUCCGCCUCUCAUCCGCCCCUCCAACCCAAUGCCGCCCCGCCUCAACCCGCGCCCCGCUCCGGUAACCCUCGGUAGCAACCCUGGGGGGUCAGGUCCGAGCUCCGCCCAGCAGCCGUCUGGCCUGGCUGCUCACCAGUCGGACACAUCUUCCUCCUCCUCCUCCUCCUCCCUGCACUAACCAACGUUGGUUACAGACCCUCAAAGCUGUCAGCAGAGUUCCUGCAUCCGGCUCCGGUGAAGACAUCGUCACUCUGAUCCCCUCCUUCAUCACAAACCCAGCAAACAACCCGAAAAACGGGUGAAGUCUGCAUUUUCCAGAACACUCGAUGGAGGACUUGGAGGACUUGGUUUUCAAAGGAUGUGGAGAUCCGGAACAGGAAAUGUACAAACAGUAAAGCUGAAUGUUGUGGUGGGGUAGUAACGCUUCCCUUACACUUCGGUUCCUGGUUUCCAUUUUGCCCGUAGGCUCGUGAACAGAUGCUCGCAUGCAUUCGCAGUCCGUGGUGCUCGUGCCUUAAGGAGCAGAACUCACAGCUGUCGGCUGGUUCUGCACAAACAUUCAAACAUUGGAAGCGUCUAAAGGUCGGUCCACACUAGAGGCGCUCAGCUCGUUUUUUUAAUGUCAGACUUUGUUGUGUUUCGUUUUUCCACCGCCCUCCCACCAUUUUGAUUUGGUUUGUUGGCAUGCUAACGCUCACUAGUGUUGAGGGUGUUUUGACUUUGUAGAUGAUCAGGAAAAAUGUGUUUAUCCUUCAGCUCUCCACCUUUUGUUCAAUCUUGUGUCUUAACCAAAAGUCGGAGGUGUCACAAAUACUUUUCUUUCUCAGCACAAAGUGGCGUCGUCAGAAAACACUUCAGUUACAGAUCAGAAUGUUCGUUUACAUUACAAUAAUUUUAUACGGAAGCCUCAACGGGACUUGAAGAACAUUGUUUAUCUAAUAAUAUUCCUGUUGCCAUUGUUUCUCAAAGGGUUUUUGUAAACAUUUCUUUGUCAUAAUGUUGAAAGUAUCACCACGUUGACAUUUCAAAGCGGCUUCAGUUGCAGUUAUGUUUGGGUAAUGCUGCUCCGCAUCGUGUCAUGACAGCGUUUCUAUGGCAACAUAACCUCCCUCACAGGGAUAAUGAUGUUUCAACCAAAAGCCUGACUCUUUACAUUACAACUCUGCCCCCCCCCCCCCCCCCCCGCCCCCCUCCCAUCAUCCCAAAUGUCAUCUCUGCUCUCCAUUCAAAUAAAAAUAAAAUGAAAAAACACCAAAGUUUUACCCAAGUUUUGUAUAGAGACCUUUCAAACUUCAUUGUUGUUUUACUGGUUUGUUGUUGAAGUUCCAGAUUUUUUUUUUUUUUUUUACUCGCUUAACAAACAGAAGAGCCAUGUCAUUGUCCUUUGCUGUUAUUUAUUUCCUCAUGGGUGCUACCAGUUUGGACUUGGUGUUAGAUAACGUAUACUGUGGAAGUGCUCUUAAUGCUUUUUCAGAUGGACAUGUAUCAGUGUUUAAUGUAACUGGAGUCUUACAUCUUGUCCUUGGAGUUUCAGUAAAACUUGUAAAGUACUGAUGUGAACCUGAAACUGCUCGAGUGUGUCGAAGGUUUUUGGCUGUUCUCAUUAAAAAACGACAUUUGUACUAAAA